AUCCCAGAGGCGGCAGCAGGUCCUGCAGGCGUUUCUCCUGCACUUAACCCUUCGUGGGAGCUGCAGAUGGAGCCUCCUUGCUUGAAGCAGGGAGGAUUUAGUGUCUGGUUUCUCUGGUAUCCAUGAGGAGGAGCUGCUGGAUGUGGUGAUUUGAAUCUCUGGCCAAGGACAGCCGAGCCGGGGCUGCGCUGGGGAGAUGAUCUGAUUGUGCUUUGGAUUUAAUGCCCUGGCAAAUCUUGCUUUGGAUGCAGCACCUGGCUGGCAGCGAGGAUCCUGCUCUGAGGUGGUUUGUGUGCUGGGUGAUGGUGGCACACAGAAGGUCACAGGAUUUGUGCAAGGUCCCCAGGUAAAAACUGCAAUGGGGAAGCUCCUCCGGAGAUCCACGCACUGGAGAGCAGAGCAGGGAGCUCUGGCUGUCUGACAUCCCUGCUUCAAAUGAUGAAAAACCUUCUUGUCCAGCAUUCCUUUGUUUUAAAGGAGAGCUGCUGGCCUGCCUUGCCAGCUGAGCUUUCUGUGCCUGCACUGAAGGAACAGCCUGACCCUCCUGGAAGGAGCAAUUUUCUGCAGCUGAAAUCUUAAUGCAGAAGUGUGGAAGAAAUCUGCUGUUCUGGGAGCAGCCUGGCUGUUCCUGAGCAGUGAGUUUGUGCUCCCUGGCAGUGAUUUGGACUUGGGAAAACGCAGCUGAGUUGCUCAGAAAAAGAACAGAGCUUUCCUUCAGUCCUUCACUUGGGUUUCUGUUUCCAUCGGCGCCGUGCAGAGCGUUGCAGCAUGCGCCCCCUUGCUGCCUUGGCUGAGAGCGGGAUGAGGAGUUGAGGAGGUGCUGCCAAGAGCCAGUGGAAGAAGUCACCUCCCAAACUGCCCUGCUCAGAGGAGCUGCUUCUCUCAGCUGUCAAGGCCUCUGAGUGUUGCUGCAGGGAAGAGGACAGGGCUGCCUGAGCCAUGUCCAACGAUCCCCCCCCGCCCUACCCGGGGGGCCCCUCGGCGCCGCUGAUAGAGGAGAAGCACGGCCCCCCCUCGGCACCAGAGGGUGUCACCCCAGUGGUGGGACAGCCCCAGGGGGUUCCUAUCCCCCCUCCUGAGUUCGGACCUCCCCCCUAUGAGCCCCCCUCGCAGCCGGGGUUCAUCCCCCCCCACAUGCCCACGGAUGGCUCUGGGCCCUACGUGCCACCAGCAGGAUAUUACCCACCCCCAGGCCCUCACCCCCCCAUGGGCUACUACCCUGCCCCAGGCCCCUACCCCUCUCCUGGUGGCCACACGGCCACAGUGCUGGUGCCCCCGGGAGCUGCCACCACGGUGACAGUGCUGCAGGGAGAGAUCUUCCAGGGAGCCCCUGUGCAGACUGUGUGUCCCCACUGCCAGCAAGCCAUCACCACCAAGAUCUCCUACGAGAUCGGGCUCAUGAGCUUCCUCCUGGGCUUCUUCUGCUGCUUCGUGGGGUGUGAUCUCUGCUGCUGCCUGAUCCCCUGCCUGUUCGAUGACUUCAAGGACGUGACACACACGUGUCCCAACUGCAAGGCCUACAUCUACACGUACAAGCGCAUGUGCUAACGGCACCCGGGAGCCUCUGGAACGCCGCCGGCCCCGCCCCGCUGCCGUCCGUCCGUCCAUCUGUCCGUCCGUCCCGCGUGUGCAUCGCCCUCCCCUCGCUUCCCGCCGGUGCUGUGUGUGCGUUAUCCCCGGCUCCCCCCGUAGAGCUGCCAGCACUGCCCCGGCUCUGCUCCUCACCGGCAAUAGCUGGGGCACGGGGGCGGUGUGGGAGCUGCCCUGCACUGCACAGGCAGGGGGGGCAUCGCUCUGCACCCCGUUACUCUGCAGGUGUGAGCGAGGCCCCCUCACCUGGAGCAGCUGCUGGAGGUGCCCAGCCCAGUCCCACAGUGCAGGAUGGGCUGGGAUGGGAGCCCAGGAGGGGACCCAAGCGGCCCAUGGUGCCCUCAGGGGAUGCAGCACAGCCUUUGUGGCACUGUCAGCAAGGGGCUCAGUGACAAGGACACGGGGCAGUGCCACACACCAGUUUCCGUGUGGUUCCAAGCCCCGUCCCGAGGGGAGGCAGAGCUGCCUCUAAGCACGGAGGGGGCCCGGCAGCAGCACCGCACCCGUAUCAGCACCUCCGUCCUGCCCGGCGGCCGCUCCAGCUGCAUGCGCCUCCUCCUCCUCCUCCUCCCAGCCCCGCCCGGCUCCGGGGGCAGGACAGCCCCAGGCAGCCCCGGCCCCCGAGCCAAAGCACACCCGGCAUGUCCCGGCUGCCCGGCACGUAGAGUAGAGGAGUUUGUAACCAGGCUGCAGCUCCAGGGCCGCCCUGGGCCCCGCAGGGUCUCCUUGCAUGCGGUGUAGGGGGUGUUUGAGCUCGCUCACCUGAGGCAGAAGGAAGGGGCAAGCAGGCAGCGCCAGGAGCUGCCAGCAGCGCUCCCACAGCAGGGUGAGAGGGGCUGGGAGCCGAGUUCAGCCUCUCGGGCUGCUCCUCCCGCCCCUGGCCCUGCAGCUCCCAGAGCAAAGUGGGGAGGGCUCUCAGUACACAGGUCUGCAAACACAGCCUGGCCUGCACAGGCAGCUGCUGUUUGCUCAGGGCUGGAACUGUGGCACUAGUCAGUGUUUUUAUGUAAAUAAAUAACAGACCCUGAA